AGACCAUGUCGCUCGUUCAAUGAACAUGUUAAACGUCCAAUUUAUCUUGGCAGUCCAUGGUGGCGCUACUUUCAUUAGCAAAAUGUCAAAAAUAUGUCAAAAUCAGUACAUUUAAAUUUAGUUUCGUAUUCUGCCACCUGCCAAGAUGUAUUGGUCAGUCAGUAGAUGUUCCAUUGAUAAAAAAUCCUGAAUUAAUGGUGAUUACAGAAUAGCCUUGUACGUUGAUAUAACUUCAAUUCUGUCUAGUUUUUGACUCUGUUUACUAUGAACAUAUAAAGCAGACGGUUGUCUCAAUCCCAUAAUUAUAACUCUACUGAUAAUUAGAAACAGCUAUUUGUUUUAAAUUCAGUGUUCUUCGUAUAUUUUCAUUUGUACGUAUUUCGUUUUUUUAUCAAAGCAAAAGUUCUGUAAAUGUUUAGACUUGAAUAGAAGUUCUGUUGUGGUGAAUUUUUAUCUCUCUCUUCGACCUAACGUAAAAUAAAAUUUUACGUUGCAGUUGUUAUGAACUGGUGAUACUCAUGUUCGGUUAAUAUUUCAUGAACAUUUUUUUUAAAGCGACCGCGUUUUACUGUAGCUUAUACAUAAGUAGGAACUUGAGAUCACGUGUAAAUUUUAAUUACACCCAAAUAGCAAAAAUGGGUUUGCUAAGUGAAGGAAGUCCCUUGUCGUGGGAAGAGACGAAGGCUUUGGCAGAGCAUGUCCGUCAGCACGGAAUCGAACAAUUUAUUAACCUGUACGUGAAGCUGCAGGAGCGCACAGGCGACGUUCUGAAAUGGGGAGAUGAGGUGGAGUAUAUUAUUGUGAAGUUUGAUGAUGAAAACCAGCGAGCCACAGUCAGCCUCAUUGCCGACAAUCUGCUGCCUAAACUGCAGGAGAAAGAACUAGCAGAUCCUCAAAACGUAAAGUCACUCUGGCGUCCUGAGUAUGGAUCAUACAUGAUUGAGGGUACCCCCGGCCGACCGUACGGGGGUCUCCUAGCACAUUUUAAUAUUGUAGAAGCAAACAUGCAGUACCGUAGAGCCGAGGUUUCACACUUACUACCUCCGGGAGAAGUUAUCAUGAGCAUAACGAAUUUCCCAAGAUUAGGAUGCCCCAAUUUCACAAGUCCGCCCUACCCACCGACUCCCCACGAAGGUGUCACUAGAUCAUUGUUCUUCCCCGACGAGGGCAUAUUCCCCGGACACCCUCGCUUUAAAACGUUGACCACCAAUAUUCGGCAGCGGCGUGGCGAAAAAGUAGCCAUCAAUUUACCAGUGUUCAAGGAUGUGAACACGAAGAUUCCGGUGGAUAAUUCUCACUUGUUGGAACCUGAAGCAGCUAAGCCUGACUGCGUGUACUUGGACGCCAUGGGCUUCGGUAUGGGCUGUUGUUGUCUUCAGCUCACGUUCCAAGCCUGUUGCAUCACUGAAGCACGCACCUUGUACGACCAGCUGGCGCCUCUAUGCCCGAUAAUGUUGGCACUAUCAGCCGCGUCGCCAAUCUUCCGUGGGUUCCUGACUGACGUGGACUGUCGCUGGAAUGUGAUUGCGGGUUCCGUGGACUGCAGAACGCGCGAGGAACGCGGCCUCGAGCCUCUCAAGAACAACAAGUUCCGCAUUCACAAGUCCCGAUAUGAUUCUAUCUCUUCAUAUCUGUCGCCGGAAAAUGAAGCGUACAACGACAUCGCUAUCGUGCACGACAAGGACUUGUACCGGCGCCUGCGUGAAGGCGGCAUCGACCACCCCCUGGCACUGCACGUCGCACAUCUCUUCAUCAGAGACACUGUCUCUCUGUUCUCCGAGAAAGUCAACCAGGAUGACACCAAUGAUACUGAUCAUUUUGAGAACAUCCAGUCGACGAACUGGCAGACGAUGCGCUUCAAGCCGCCGCCGCCGAACUCUCCGAUCGGGUGGCGCGUGGAGUUCCGGCCUUGCGAGGCGCAGCUCACCGACUUCGAGAACGCGGCCUACGUCUGCUUCGUUGUCUUGCUUACCAGGGUCAUACUCUCCUAUCGCCUCAACUUCGUCAUGCCUAUCAGCAAGGUGGAUGAGAACAUGCAACGUGCGCAAAAACGAAACGCGUGUCUGAGCGAGAAGUUCUGGUGGCGCCGCGACGUUGGCGCCCCCACCGACCUCGCCAAGCAAACGUGCGACCCAUCGGAACUUUAUGCUGAGAUGACCAUCGACGAAAUUGUUAAUGGAAAGGAUGGAAUAUUUCCUGGUCUGAUCCCUCUGAUCGAGUCGUACCUGUCCGGCAUGGACGUGGACGCGGACACGCACUGCUCCGUGCAGCAAUACCUCAAGCUCAUACAGCGACGCUCUUCCGGCGAGAUCUCCACCAUGGCCUCCUGGAUGAGGAACUUUGUUACCACGCACCCACAGUACAUGAAAGAUUCAAUAGUCACCGAAAAAAUAAACUACGACCUACUGAAGACCGCUCACGGCAUUCAGACGGGUACUGUCGCCGCACCCACUCUCCUGGGCAGCAGUAACGUGUCCAAGACUAACGAAGACAUUCCCAAGGCAUUCAGCAAGAUGAUGAGCAAGGAGUGUCCCUAACCGUGGCCCAGUGCCGCAGACAUCGUGCCUUUCGUGCGCUGCACUUCUAAAUACUGGCUAUACAACGAUAUCUAUGUUCUCGACAGACAGCACGCGACAUCAACAAACUACGCCUUAUCUUUCAUCAGUAUUCAGCUAAUUGAUGUACUUUCCUAUUGUAAAAUUACAAGUCUUAUAUAAUUCAAACGGUCAAGAAUAAAAUUUUUAUUUUGUUAUGGAGUCCUUACUGUUUUUUUUGUCUAGUUCGCGCGCAUUUGGUCAGCACAUAGAUGUCGUUGUUGCAGUUAGUAAUUAGAGUGGCCUUACUUUGUGUACUAUGAGGAGAUUUAUACAGCAAGGCAUCGUUACUUUAGUCUGUUAUUAUAUAUUAGUGUAUUCUUCGACACAGGAUAGAAGUGAAAUAAAAAGGUCCAAUAAAACAUUCCCCACAUUCUUGUGACACUGCUGCCUCAUGCGUUUGACCACUGACAUUCAGUAACUUUUAUCUUGUGGCGAGAUAUUUCGAAUUAGAAGUGAUAAUUAUUAUCUUAGAUACAUUUAAUACACACGAGUUAUUUAGAAUAGAAACCCCAAUGUGACCUUACCUUAGAUAUAACUGAAAUCUCGCAUUUUGUAACAUUUACGGCGCUAGAACAUUGCAAGUAAUACGAUUAUAAUUUGUGACCGAGGGAGAGGUGUGAGAGGGUUAAUGUGAUACAAAGAUAAAUCCAGUUUUGUAGAAUAAUAUAACUAUUCAUUAAU